AGAGAUCGGAGGUUUCCAAUGGCUUCGAAUAAAUAAAAAAGUACUGUUUCUCCGAAGAGAAUCCUCUCUACCUGAGUAGCUAAACAAACUUCGGACUUGGUAGGGGAGAAUUUGGAUGACAUCACCGGCUAGAUGAUGUCACAUGACCGUCACAUGACUAACCAGCGCGGAUUAUUAAUGGGAAAGUAAGUCCCCGCUGGCAACGAGAGAAAGAAACAAAAACGAGAGAACUAGGGAACAUUACUUACUAUGUUGUAACUACACUCGGGUAUGAUGGUCGCCUCUUUUACUCAGGUCCUACUCUCUAUGUCACAUCUGAUAUACUUUCCUACUAAGAUCGCCGUUCCGCCUCCUGUUUGGUAGUGUUCAUUGGUGCUUCCGGCCCUACCAAUCCGCAACACGCCAGAGUCAAACAUACCUACCACACUGCCGGCACAAUGUUCUGUCUCAGAAGUUGGCUCCCUCUCCUCUUUAUCCCCACAAACGCCAGCCCCCUUUUCAUCCUCUCCUUCAUCACCCUCACCUACCUCCUCCACCGACCAUGCAUCUACUGCUCCGCUCUCCUCCUGAUCCUCUUCCUCUCUUCAUGCCACUGGUCAGAUCGCUGCUUCUUUGAUUUCAAGGGCGACUGGUUUGCCCCUCGCCUCCCCGCUCCAGCCUCUCCUUCCUCACUGGAGAACUCAACAACCACCGGGCUGGCCGAAUAUGUACUCGAGACAGUGAAUACGACAACCACAGCGUUGGCCGGUGCUGCAGUCGAUGAGAUAAAGAAGCAUUUUGCGUCUAAUAAUGGAACUGGAGUGGUGGGAGAUUCGCACGCGGAAUGGACGGGCAUGGGUCUGGAAUGGUUGCGAAGCCUGCUUGGACGGAGGGAGUGGACGUUGCCGUGCGUCGAUGUGAAGGUUAGGCUUUGAAGUACGAAUUUCAUAUUUGCGAAAAAUCAGGAGUUGGGAUCGUUUUCUUUCCUUUUUAAGCUUCCUCGCGCUUGUUAUUUUAUUUUAAAGCUACCAAUUUUUUGCGUCUUGUAACGGCAUAGCAAAAGGGGAAAGGAAAAGCUUGGAUAUAUGACGUUCGGUUAUUGUAUUGUAUAUUUAAUCACUAAUAACUAAACCAUUUCUUAACACAUAGCAUCUGCUUACAAUUUUGCCCGUCAAAAUUAAUAUUUCUCUCUAGAAUUUCAAAUGAAUUGAUUAUUUUUCUCAGAUGUGAUUGACUGCUAACUCACAUGGAUUGACAUGCAUCCAGCUUUCCAAGCAAAGAUAUAUGGUUCGCUUAGUAACGUUAACUACAAACGUCUUCCCCUCCCUCCACUCCUGUGACCUUUAUCGUUCGGAUCUCCCUCCAUAACCUAUAUCGAGCUAUUACACGUAAACCUACAUUAUUAGAGGACUAUUCAAUAUCCACCAACUCGAGAUCACAAGCCCACUUAAUAUUAAUAACUCGUUGCUCGGACUUCGGCUUGGUUAUAGAUUAACGAACAACAUCUGUGACUUCCUCUGGCAAACCCUCCAAGCCGAGCAAACCUCGAGGGAGCGGAAACACAACCGAUGCGGA